AUGAUGUUUAUCAGAGACUGGCCCACAGCAAGUCACUCCUUCCCUUCCCCACUGAGCUCUCCUUGUUGGGGCCACACAGCUCACAGCGAGGUCUCUGGAUAUGGCUCCGAGGGACUGGGGGACCGGGAACACAGCGCUGCUCGUCCUUCUGGGCUGGCUUGGGGUUUGAGCGUUUCAGAGCACGCUCAGCUCCGGCUGGUGAAUGGCUCGAGUCGUUGUGCUGGGAGAGUCGAGGUGCUUCACAACCAGCAGUGGGGAACCGUGUGUGAUGACAGCUGGGACUUACUGGAUGCUGGAGUCGUGUGCAGGCAGCUGGGCUGUGGGACGGCGUUAUCAGCCCCAGGGCUGGCUGAGUUUGGAGGAGGGUCUGACCCCAUCUGGCUGGCUGAGGUUAACGGCACAGGGACAGAAGCUGCCCUCUCCGAAUGCAGAGCUAGUCCUUGGGGAGGCAAGAACUGUACCCACAGAGAAGAUGCCGGUGUUGACUGCUCAGGUUUGACCAUUUCGGAACACACUCAGCUCCGCCUGGUGAAUGGCCCAAGUCGCUGCACUGGCCGAGUCGAGGUGCUUCAUGACCAGCAAUGGGGAGCCGUGUGUGAUCACAGCUGGGAUAUGAAUGAUGCCAAAGUCGUGUGCAGGCAGCUGGCGUGUGGGGAAGUGUUAUCAGUCCCAGAAAAAGCUUGGUUUGGAGAAGGGUCUCACCCCAUCUGGCUGGAUGAGAUUAACUGCACAGGAACAGAAGUUUCCCUCACCGAGUGCGGGGCUAGACUUUGGGGAGACCAUAACUGUACUCAUGAAGAAGAUGCCAGUGUUGUGUGCUCAGAGCACUCCCAGCUCCGACUGGUGAACAGCCCGAGUCGCUGCACAGGGAGAGUCGAGGUGCUUCAUAACCAGCAAUGGGGAACCGUGUGUGAUCACAGCUGGGACCUACGUGAUGCCGGAGUUGUGUGCAGGCAGCUGGGCUGUGGGACGGCGUUAUCAGCCCCAGGAAGAGGGCAGUUUGGACAAGGCUCUGACCCCAUCUGGCUGAAUGAUGUCCACUGCACAGGGACAGAGGUGGCCAUCACCGAAUGCAGAGCCAAGCCCUGGGGAAUCCAUAACUGCACCCAUGAAGAAGCUGCCGGUGUUGUGUGCUCAGGUUUAUCUAUUUCAGAGCCUGCUCAGCUCCAGCUGGUGAAUGGCCCACAUCGCUGUGCAGGGAGAGUCGAGGUGUUCCUGAGCCAGCAGUGGGGAACCGUGUGUGAUGAUGACUGGGACUUUCUUGAUGCCAGAGUUGUGUGCAGGCAGCUGGGCUGUGGGACGGCGUCAUUAGCGCCACGUGAAGCUCACUUUGGACAAGGAUCUCACCUCAUCUGGCUGGAUGAGGUUAACCACACAGGGAAAGAAGCUGCCCUCUCUGAAUGCAGGGCUAGGCCUUGGGGAGUGCAUGACUGUUACCAUGUAGAAGAUGCCAGUGUUGUGUGCUCAGGUAACCCUCACCCAUGUCACAUAUGGCACUCGGUGGCAGGUACUGUGCUGCAGGGAGCAGAGCAGCAUGUGUUACUCAACAGGGGCCAUUCUCCCCUCUGAAUCAGCCCUGACUCUGAUGUCCCAGACUGGCCUGAGUUGGGUCUUUCCUGCUGAGAGCUAAAACUGAGGCCCUACCCAUUGUCUCUCUCUUGCACUUUCCCAGCAGUCCGGGAGUUAAUGCUGGAUUUGAAUUCCAGGUGGGGUGAAUCCAUUUGCCUUCCUUCAGCCUGAAAUCCUGGCAUGUGCUGGACACAGGAUUCUCCUCACUUCCUGGCCCAACGUUCUUUUUUGCUUCAAUCCCCAAUGUCUAAGGGAAUACUAAUGCUGAGAGUCGCUGGGCAGGUCCCACAAGGUGUUGAGAUGUCAGUGGGACGGGAGGGCUCCCAGUGUUUCUCAGGGGGUGCUCAACAACCUUCAGGGCCCAAAUGCAGCCAAAUUGCACAUGCUCUCAAUACUAGUUUCCCAUCAAUCUGUGUCACUGGACAGCAUAUUCCCACUCUCCCAGCCCCCCAGCUGCCUGUUCAAACAGGAAUUAGUUCAGGGGCAUCCUGUGGCCCGUUUUAGGUAAGAAGUCAGACAAGAUGAUCACAAUGGUCCCUUCUGGUGUUAUAACUAAGGCUACGAUUUAGUCACGGAGUUCACAGAAGUCACUGCUGGCCACUCCCGCAGCUCCCAUAUGACGUGGGUGGCAGGGUUCCCUGCAGCUCCUAGCUGCCGAGGGCGGCGUGGAAACCCCUGAGGACUCAGCUACCACGGGUGACGGGGGAACCCCCAAGCUCGCGGGUGGCAGUGGUGGGGGAACACUCGAGCUCCAGGCCGCCAGGGGCCCCUGAGCUGCGGGUGGCAGGGGUACCCUGCAGCCCCCCAGCUGCUGCAGGCAGCUCCCAAUCCCUGCACAGUUGCCCUGCUUCAGGC